CACACACACACACACACACACACACACACACCCACAGACACACACAAACACACACCUGAAGGCAGCAUGUGAACUGCUCCCUUCUCUUCUUUCUUCUGGACUUUUUACACUUUUUAAAUCCUCUUCUUUGUGUGGCUGUGCAGAGUGGAUUUGUGUUGCAACAGCCCAGAUGUUACCACUUUAACCUCCUCAUCUGUCUCGUCUGAAUGCCUUGGCCCAUUGGUACCUGAGAAGGGGAGGAUGGAGCCGGACAGGAUGGACAUACAUCCAGUGAUAUGAGAUCAACCAGCAAACCAGAAUCUGAUCUGACUCCGUUUCAGCCUUCCCUUAAAGCAGUAUGAACUGCAGCGGCUCCUUCACACUGCAAUCCUUUUCAACACUUAACUGAAGUCAGGUUAAUGAAGAAGAUGCUGAGGAAGAUGGUGAUAAUGAGGAGGGUCCUCCAUGUGAAGGGAGAUGUGAUGUGCACGAUGCUGCUGCUGGUGCUGUUCUGUGUGCUGCUCUAUGCCCGGCAGGCCGUGCUCUCCUCUGAGUGGGACAGGCCUUUGCUGAAGUUGGAAAUCCAUGGCUCUACCAGCCAGAGCAGGACCUUGCUGGGCGCCAGCGCGGUAAAAGCCAGCCAGGAGUCUCAAGGGCAGAUCCCCUCCAACCCUUCACAGACACAGCUGCCUCCCUGCAAACCACAGUCCAAAUCCAAACUUCCGCAGCUCAAGCAAAAACUUCAGGUCAGAUCUAAGGGGAAAUCCAAGGCGCGACGGAAAAAUGCUGUGCCGACGAAGACAGCUGGCAAGCCCCUCCCCACGAUGCCACCAUUUGACUUUGAGGGCUAUCUGAGAAAGAAGGACAACAGAAACUUUAAACUGCUCAUAGACCAGCCUGAGAAAUGUCUUGUCGGGGGAGCAGAGGAAGAACAAGAAGGAAGUGAAGGGUCUACUACUGCUCUGUACAUGCUAAUUGCAGUGAAAUCUAUCCCUGCAGAUUUUGAAAAACGGCAGGUUGUGCGUCGGACCUGGGGUAAAGAGGGACUUUUCAAAAAUGGUGUUUCCAUCCGCACUCUUUUCCUACUCGGGGUUCCCAGGAAUCGGACAGCUCUGCCUCUGUGGGAUCGACUUUUGACCUACGAGAGUCAAACCUUUAAGGACAUCCUGCUGUGGGACUUUGAGGACACCUUCUUCAACCUGACGCUGAAAGAAACACAUUUCCUGGAAUGGGUUAACAGCAGCUGCCCUCAUGUCAAAUUCAUCUUCAAGGGCGAUGCUGAUGUGUAUGUUAACGUGGAGAAUAUACUAGAGAUGCUUCAAGGUCAAAAGCCAGACACAGAUCUGUUUGUUGGUGAUAUUAUUAUCCAUGCUAAACCCAUUCGCCGGCGCAGUUCCAAAUACUAUGUGCCAGAGUUUGUUUACGGAGGGGGCUUGUACCCAAAUUAUGCUGGUGGAGGGGGGUUUGUCAUGUCAGGACAUACAGCUCGGAGACUUAGCUCUGCCUGUCAACAGGUGGAGUUGUUCCCCAUCGAUGAUGUCUUUCUGGGAAUGUGCCUCCAGCUGAUUGGCGUCAAACCAUCACGUCACCAGGGCUUCCGUACCUUUGGGAUUCCCCGUCCGUCUGCAGCGCCCCACCUUCAAACAUUCGACCCGUGUUUUUACAGGGAACUCAUGGUUGUUCACAGCCUCAGCGUCCCUCAGAUCUGGCUCAUGUGGAACCUCCUGCAUGACCCCGAGCUGAGCUGCCACAACAGGACCAGUCCUACAUCCUGGCCAUUUAGGUGGAAGGACAAGAUGGUAGAAACUGAAGUAAAAGAGACGGACUACGGUGAGAAGCAGGUGUUCGUUACGCAUUAGUGACUCCCUGAAGGGCAAAAGGCAAGGACAAAAUGCUUAUAAAAGCACGAUCUGUGAAAACUUGAAAGCAUUGCUAAGUGUUCAAAAGCACAGUUGAGUCAUAUGAUCCACGCUGGCAGACCAUCUUUGGGGAAAUAAAUUGGCAAAGGCCUAAUGUUCUUCAGAUUGUUCAGCCAGAGAGCCCAGAGAGAAUCAGGCUUUUGACAUCUGUGUUCAUACAAUGAACAGCAAAGCAGCAAGAUCUUUAUCCACAAAAAAGACUUUUGAAUGUGCAAUCCGAAUGUAUUGGGUUUUAAUUGUUUACACAGGGACUACAUUUGAUCCACAACACACAACACAUGUGGUUAUCGGGUUUAAACCCAUGCCAGCUUAACAGUAAGGACUGGAGAUGGCUGUGUGUUCUGGGGGAGAGUAAAGACUUGUGUUUUCACAUUGAAUCACACGAGCAGAGGUGUUCCCCUCUCCUUAUGCUGGAUGGAGGCACAAAUGGGCAGUCGCAUUAUCUGUUCCCUGGAGGAACAACAAAUGGAGCCUAAAUGGAACAAGCUGCACAUUGGGAUAACACACACACACACACACACACACACACACACACACACACACACACACACACACACACACACACACACACACACACACACACACACACACACACACACACACACACACACACACACACACACACACACACACACACACACACACACACACACACACACAAUACAAUUUCUACUGAAUGUUUGUGAAAAAGCCUGAUAUUUGAAG